CGACUUCAGUAGGCAGUGAUGGCGCUUCGUGUUGUCAUCAACAACCCAGAAAGAGAGUCUAUCCCAACCAAUAUCUCAGGUGAGGAUCGCCGUAAUUCGUCCACCGGAUCGCUGAUCCGUAUUUGAAGAACCUGAGACCAGCCGUGGCGCUUAUGCGUUACCCGUCCCUACAGACGUAGAAAGGCAGCACAUCGCAACACGGUCGCCUUUCUGGGGUCAAGCAAGAUCGGAGAAUCAAAGUGUAGGACAGCUCGUCGCAACAUCGGGUAUCUAGACCGGUGUAUUCUUUGAGCCAGCCUGCAGCUUUUCAACAUGUCGCAAGUCGUCGAGAGCCGGGACAGCCCUCCCAGAAAGCGACAGAAGCCCGGAGCAGCGUGUGAGGAAUGUCGACGGCGGAAGCUCCGUUGUGAUCGCCGUCAGCCGCAGUGUGGCAUGUGCCAGGCUUCAGGCGUCGAGUGUUUAGUGAUUACCGCGCGCUCGCCGCGAGGCCCCAAGCGCGGAUAUCUCAAGGUGCUGCAGGCGAGAGUCGCCACUCUGGAAAACAUCCUACUUCAACAUCAAGGUCAAAGCACGGUCACUCCUCCCGAGGCGCAGCCGCCAGAGACCCAGUUGCUGGAUGAGCAGGUUGAUCUGUCAGCGUGGGAGAUACCCAUGCUGGAAAACCAAAUCGUGGAGGAUUCGUACUCGGGCUUGACGGCAGAGAGCCUGCCCGGUUCUUUGUUGGGAGAUGUCCCAACGCCAGUGCCUUCCAUUUCCCCGCCAAGACAGCUGUCCAGCGUUGGAGACGAGAUGUCCAUCCCAGGUUUGGAUCCUCUUUCAGUCCCGAGAUCAGCGUCCGAGGACGUUAGUGAGGUUCACAUAUCAGAGUUGAUGCAAGCAGACUUGGAUCAACUGUAUUUCGAUCGAGUCCAGAGCUUUAUGCCCAUUCAGCACCAGCGCCGCUACUUCGACUGGCGGCGGCUGCCCUUCCAAACAGAGGCACAGUCGUGCUUACAGCAUGCUACAUGGGCUCUCGCCGCCUCGAUCUCCGUGCACUACCAGAGCAUCGGUAGCUCCUUAUAUCAAAACGCGAGACGAAAAUUGGAGGCGCUGGAUUCCCACCCCGCAGCCAUGCCCUCGAUAGAGCUCGAGCAGGUGCAAGGAUGGCUCUUGCUUGCCGUCUAUGAGCUUAUGGAUGUUGACUUGCGCCGGAGCUGGAUCAGCGCUGGACGAGCAUUUCGGCUGAUUCAGCUUGAGUGGCUCAAUGGCCUUGACAGUACGGAUCUCACGUGUGGACAGAGAGAAUGGAUCGAGUCGGAGCAGAAGCGCCGAACUUUCUGGAUGGCUUAUUGCUUGGACCGCUUCGUAAGCAUGCGGACGGGGUCGCCGUUGACCUUCAGUGAACGCGUGGCCAUCCGCCUGCCAGCGCCAGAAGGGAAUUUCCAGAAUGAUCAACCAAUCUUGAUGGGGUUCCUUCCUGAGGCUCUGUCAGCCACAGAUCCCGCAGCUGUCUCAAGCUUCACCGAAUGCAUCGUCGCUGCGACAAUUGGAGGCCGUGCACUCUCGCACCGCCACCAACUCCUCGUGCGCGACAUCUACUACAACGCCACGGAAGACUUUCGAAAGCGGCACCAAUGGAUCAACUCGUUCUUGAUGCGGCGCAUGGAGGCUUUCGCGUCGCAGUACCCAGGCGAUAUGCCCCAGGCGGACCCUAUGCUUCUAUUUGUCAAUCUCAUGUGGCGAGCGAUCAUUCUUCACCUUUGUCAGACGAUGGCUUGUGAGGCUCUCCCUGGAGAAGAUGAGGAUGAACUGUUGCGAGAGUACAAGAAGCAAUCUUUGGCAGCUGCGCGAGAUAUCGUCGACUUGACGAAUCGACUUUGUAAUCUGAACUCUUUGAAGGUCCAUCCUCUGACAAUGAUCCCUAUGUCAGUAUGUGUUCAGUUCUUGAUCAUGUUUCAAAGGCCCGAUGACUCCAAUAUGAAGCAGUUGCAGGACCUCACGGAGGCGAUGCGUAGUCUGAAGCGGUUCAACAACAACCUUGGUCAGCCCGUUUUGCAGCUGGUGGAAGAGCAGAUGCUAGCCAGAACAUAUUCUUCGCCUCCUUUUUGA